UUCUCGCAGACAGCGCCAGACGAUUUGGCGUAUCCAUAGCAACCAAUGUAGCUAGCUACAUAUACUUUUCAGAAGAAUGGCGACACCAAGAGAGCAAGAGGCUGCAGAUUAUCUUAGAAAACACAAAAUUAUCGAACUCAUGGAUAAUUUAACAAGCAUGCUCUUCUUUUACAGACCAGAGAGACCAAACGAGUUCCUGAUCACACAGCUUGAACAACUGAGAGCAUCCAAAAUGCGGUCACUGGAUUGCCCAAGCCUGUUCAAUGACACAAACCUGGAUGCCGUUUUGGGCAUCUUGGAUCCUAACAACCAAGGGCACAUCACUUUUUUUCAGUACAAGGAGGCACUAACCACUUUGGGGAUUGAGAAGUUUAAUGAGUGUCCUGAAGGUGUGGCCAAGGACAAGAUAUCUCACGAAACCUUCAAGAGAGAGGCGAAGGAGGGCUUACAGAGAAGCUCAGCAACGUUUAUAUCUAAAUAAAAUUGGAGAUCUCUGUCC